AUGCAGACAAAAGACCACACCAGCCCCCUGGGGUUCAUUGGCACUGAGCCUCGAGCGGGGAACUACGAGUAUGCACCGGAAAGCAAUAAAGGAUUCGUACCACAGCGCGCGUUCGGAACUGCAGCAGAGCGCGCUCGCCGGAAUCUGAAUGCGAAGCUUGCGAAUCCGCUUGCUGGCUAUUCUCACGAGGAACUCCGCAGGCAGGGAAUCAACUUCGCUAUCACAAACCAGAUAGGUGACGAGGAUGACAUUCGCGCUUUUGCGCUUGGUGCCAUGCUGGCUCAAGCGCCAGAGAAGUUUGAAAGUGUCCCUGGUCUAACGGCCGAAGAGUUCGAGGUUUUGAGAAAUGAGUUUGAGCACCGAUGGUCCCAGCCGUGGACAAUGUAUCUGGUAAUUAUACUGUGCUCUUUGUCGGCUGCUGUUCAGGGAAUGGAUGAAACCGUCGUCAACGGCGCCCAAAUUUUCUACAAGCACCAGUUCGGGAUAGAGGAUGAAACGAUCUCGAGGCACAACUGGAUUUUGGGACUCAUAAAUGCUGCGCCGUACUUGUGCUGUGCAGUUAUCGGCUGUUGGCUGACAGUUCCGUUCAACUCGUGGUUCGGCAGACGGGGGACAAUCUUUAUAACCUGCAUCUUCUCCGCGACGACAUGCCUCUGGCAGGGAUUUGUGAAUACUUGGUGGCACCUAUUCAUCGCUCGGUUUGCGCUGGGCUUUGGAAUUGGCCCCAAAUCGGCUACCGUACCGGUCUACGCAGCAGAGACUGCACCGCCGGCGAUUCGGGGUGCUCUCGUCAUGCAAUGGCAGAUGUGGACGGCAUUUGGAAUCAUGUUUGGCUAUGCUGCCGACCUGGCUUUCUUCCAAGUUCCCGAUUCGUCUGGCAUCAUUGGUCUUAACUGGCGUCUGAUGCUGGCAUCUGCCUUGUUCCCCGCACUGGUCGUCUGCUGCUUUGUCUUUACGUGUCCGGAGUCGCCCCGUUGGUAUGUGUCACGCAAGCUUUACGACCGCGCCUACCAGUCAAUGUGCAGUUUGCGCUUCAACAAAGUUCAGGCAGCUCGUGAUAUGUACUAUAUGUAUACUCUGCUGGAGGCGGAGAAUGCCAUGAAAUUAGGGCAGAACAAGCUACUGGAGUUAAUCAACGUGCCUCGUAAUCGCCGUGCUAUGCUUGCUUCUGAGAUUGUCAUGUUUAUGCAGCAGUUCUGUGGAGUUAAUGUUCUCGCCUACUAUUCUUCGGAGAUCUUUCUGCAAACUACCAGCGGACAUCUCAAACUGACCUCCUCGAACCAACAAAAAGCUCUAACAGCAUCACUUGGAUGGGGGCUGAUCAACUGGCUCUUUGCCAUACCGGCUGUAUACACAAUCGAUACCUUUGGUCGGCGGAACCUGCUGCUAAGCACAUUCCCACUAAUGGCCCUUUCCAUGUUCUUCACAGGCUUCAGUUUUUGGAUCCCGGAGGGGACAGGAGACAACGCCCGUCUUGGAUGCACAGCCCUAGGAACAUAUCUCUUUGGUGUAUUCUAUUCCGUCGGCGAGGGGCCUGUUCCAUUCACUUACUCCGCCGAAGCCUACCCGCUCUACGUCCGUUCCUACGGCAUGGCUCUCGCCACCGCAACAACCUGGCUCUUCAACUUCGUUCUAGCUAUCACUUGGCCAUCACUGCGCAUAGCAUUCAAAGAACAGGGCGCAUUCAGCUGGUACGCCGGCUGGUGUAUAGUUGGCUGGUGGCUGAUUUUGAUGUUCAUGCCUGAGACAAAGGGCAAGACGCUUGAAGAGCUGGACCAGGUGUUUUCGGUCUCAACGCAGUUUCAUGCAAAGUAUGGCCUGCGGCAGAUUCCGUACUUCUGCAAGAGGUAUAUGCUAAGGCAGCCGGUGCAGGCGGAGAUAUUGUACGAGCGGGAUGAUUCGUCGACGAAUCUAGCUGAUGUUGGGUUCAAUACAGUUUGA